AUGGCGAAUUCGAAUAGGUCGAAAGUUCCUCCAGAUUCUGCAUCAAAUUUAGCACAAUUGUACCGAAGUGUGUAUACAUCAGAACCGAUGCAGCAUCUGCCACUAUCAUGGAACUCUAAGGAUCGCUUACUUAACAUAAAAAUUUCACAGUUUGGCUUAACACUGACGUGCACUGCUGAUACCUCCACUUCCCGUCACAGUAUGCACUGCAAUGCUUUGGCUUAUGUUCAUAACAUAUCAUCAGCAUUCUUUCAGCUCUUGUCUUCACUUGUUCGAUUUUCGGUUUUUAUAGGAUGGGAUUCAUCUUCCUUUGGCUACCAUAGUGACGGCUCGCUGUACCAUCAUACAACUGCAACUCCAUUUGGCCCCAAGUUCUGUGAGCAGGACGUAAUCGGUUGUGGAGUGGAUCUCAUGAGCAAAUCGCUUUUCUAUACCCGCAAUGGAGAAUUUUUGGGAAAGGCUUUUGAAGGAAAGCUGCCUGUAAGUGGAGGCUGUCGCGUUACUUCAAAUUUCGGUGAUCAGUCAUUUUUCUAUCCCUUCAAACGUCACAUCGCCAAGGACAAGGAUUUCAUGGACGUUAAAAUGAGAGAGUAA